GCUCCCUUUGUGAUGUUUGUGAGUUCUAUUUUUUUUUUAUCUCAAUGUACUUAGUAGUGGCUUUCUCAUUUGCCGGAGUUGAUGCAUCUUUUUUUCUUCCUAGAUUCUGAAGAAUGACCUCCCAGUUUAGGUUUAACAAUGGUUGUUUGCUUUUUCCCUUUAUGCAGCCUUUGCUCUGUGUAGUAAACAAAGCUGCAUUGUGCUGUCUCUCUGUUCAGUGCAGUCCUUUUUUUUUUCUCCCUUAACACGUACUGCAGUCAACUCUCCUUUAACAAGGUGGCACUAUUGUUGAGCUAGUCAGAUAGAAUCAUCAUACCGCUUUAGGGGACAGAACGGGGUUUUUAAAAGGAGAUGCCUCACAGCUCUAUUUUGCCAAACAGGCAGAGUGGAAACAUUGGCUUAAGAGCAUUGGCAGAAUCAUUAGCUUGUCUUUAGCUGCAGCAGUCAUCAGUUCGAGCGCAGUGUGGGAUGGAAGUCCUAGCUGGAAGUCUGUUAUGGAAACGCUCUUUGCUGUUAUUGUAGCACUGUGGUGACAACAUGCCAUUGAAAUGGAAAAGCGGUUCUCCUGCUAGCUGGAAAUUCCCAGUUCCUGUGCUUAAAACAUCUAGGUCAUCUCCACUCUCACCAGCAUACAUCCAUCAUCACUCCUUUGUGGUUUGGACAACCCACUCUCUCCUUGCUGCUGCUCCGACUUUCCACUUACCAGGAUCACUGGUGGAAGAGGACGACCCUCAUAUGAAAGUGUCCCUCGGGAGUGGCGAUAUGGGUGUGUCUGCCCAUCUCCAGACAUCCAAGACAGGCAACACACGGUUCUUCACGAGCAACACCCAUAGUUCUGUCGUUUUACAGGGAUUCGACCAGCUGAGGAUAGAGGGAUUACUCUGCGAUGUUACACUGCUGCCUGGAGAUGGAGAUGAAGCAUUUCCUGUUCACAGAGCAAUGAUGGCGUCUGCUAGCGAUUACUUUAAGGCAAUGUUUACAGGUGGAAUGAAGGAACAAGAUUUAAUGUGCAUCAAACUUCAUGGUGUUAACCGAAUAGGCCUCAAAAAGAUCAUCGACUUCAUUUACACAGCAAAGCUCUCUCUUAACAUGGAGAAUCUGCAGGAUACACUUGAAGCUGCAAGUUUUCUGCAGAUCAUUCCUGUCCUAGACUUCUGCAAAGUGUUUCUUAUAUCUGGGGUUUCACUGGAAAACUGCGUGGAAGUAGGGCGCAUCGCAAAUGCCUAUAACCUUACAGAAGUGGACAAAUAUGUUAACAAUUUUAUCUUGAAGAACUUUCCCUCGUUGCUGAGCACUGGCGAGUUUGUCAAGCUCCCAUUUGACCGGCUGGCCUUUGUGCUCUCUAGCAACAGCCUGAAGCACUGCAGUGAACUUGACCUCUUCAAGGCUGCCUGCCGCUGGCUUCGGUACGAGGAGAACAGGAUGGAGUAUGCAUCCAAAUUAAUGAAGAACAUCCGUUUUCCCCUCAUGAGCCCUCAGGAGCUCAUCAACCACGUACAGACCGUGGAUUUCAUGAGGACGGACAACAUCUGCGUGAACCUGUUACUCGAAGCCAGCAAUUACCAAAUGAUGCCCUUCAUGCAGCCAGUGAUGCAGUCAGAAAGGACUGCUAUCCGAUCAGACAGCACGCACCUGGUGACGUUGGGCGGGGUGUUACGGCAGCAGCUGGUCGUGAGUAAGGAGCUGCGACUGUACGACGAAAAAGCGCACGAAUGGAAGGCUCUGGCUUCUAUGGACGCUCCCCGCUACCAGCACGGCAUUGCGGUGAUCGGCAACUUCCUGUACGUAGUGGGCGGACAGAGCAAUUACGACACGAAAGGAAAGACAGCCGUGGACACCGUUUUCAGAUACGACCCCCGCUACAACAAGUGGAUGCAGGUGGCCUCUCUCAACGAAAAGCGCACUUUCUUCCACCUAAGUGCCCUCAAAGGACAUCUCUAUGCAGUGGGAGGUAGAAACGCAGCAGGGGAGUUAGCUACAGUGGAGUGCUACAAUCCCAGGACAAAUGAAUGGACAUAUGUUGCGAAAAUGAAUGAACCUCAUUAUGGACAUGCUGGGACGGUUUACGGUGGUUUUAUGUACAUUUCAGGAGGAAUCACUCAUGACACUUUCCAAAAAGAGCUCAUGUGCUUCGACCCCGACACAGACAAAUGGACACAGAAGGCUCCCAUGACCACAGUGAGAGGACUUCACUGUAUGUGUACUGUUGGCGACAGGCUCUACGUCAUUGGCGGAAACCACUUCCGAGGAACCAGCGACUACGACGACGUCCUGAGCUGUGAGUAUUACUCCCCGGCCCUCGACCAGUGGACUCCUAUCGCGGCCAUGCUGCGCGGGCAGAGUGAUGUGGGCGUGGCGGUGUUUGAGAACAAAAUCUACGUGGUGGGCGGCUACUCGUGGAACAACCGCUGCAUGGUGGAAAUUGUUCAAAAGUACGAUCCAGAGAAGGACGAGUGGCAGAAAGUCUUCGACCUCCCUGAGUCUCUUGGAGGCAUUCGAGCAUGCACUCUCACAGUCUUUCCACCUGAGGACAAUACUGGAUCGCCUUCUAGGGAAUCUCCACUGUCUGCACCUUGAGGUCCCCAAAUGCCUGGAGAACUGUUUUGCACUUCGACUUGGAUUCAAUCUGUACUGCUCGGUAGCGUUUUUUGUUCCGAUAAUAACCUCCAGAGAAGAGUACGAUAUUCAGUCACUAGACUAUUUUUACAAAGCUGCUAGGCUGACCUUCAGUUUUUACAAAAGCAGCAAACAAAUCAUAGAACCUCACUGGCAGAAGCUCUUCAUAUUAAUAUGGAAAAACAAAUGUUACUGUUUUGCAAUGUACUUACCUUUUAAUGUUGCAUUUUCAGAUUUUGGCAGCAAAUGAACUGUAACAUACCUUAGAAGAGUGAGCAAUUCAAUUUUUGUACAUUGUUUUCAGUUUUAAUAAGCUGAUUCUUUGUGGUUUGAUUUGGGGGGCGGGUCAUAUUCAAGUUCUGUCAGCUACAAUGGGGACUUUUGGGCUAAAAGGGUCUGGGCACUUGUCUUGUAACGGAGGGGGUAAAAAAGUAAUUUUGUAUCUCAGGGGUUGGCCACCACCCCCCUCCCACACUCCCCAAUAAUUGAGAGAUUUCUGCCAUUGCUUUUAACCAUUAAUGAAAUGGUGUUUUCUAUAUUUAAUAAAGAAUACAAAUUUAAAGAA